CUCCGCAUGACUCAAACUUUGAUUCUUAACGGCCUGCUCUUCCACCAUGUGUCUGUUUCGCCGACAUUGUGGUCCUUUCGGGUCAUUUUCUUGCUUGUCCAACAUGGAUGGAUAACCUCCUCACAUCUGAGCAAUUUUCUUGAUGAGCCUCUGGUGAAGAUUGUGGAAAAGGAGGACCCGUGAUGAUCCCCUUAGACCACGAGCCGUUAGGCUGCCUAAGGACCCCUGCCAUCACCGCGGUCUUCUUCAUGCAACAACCAGGCACAGAUGGCUCCUGGCCAGCCGAUUUGUCCGCACAUGUCUUUCAACGAUACUCUCCUAGGAAGGAGGGGAUUUCUUGGAGGCGAGACCGGUCAUUGUCUGGAUACGGAUCCUCAACAAUUUUGCUUCGCUCAUUGGCUCGAAAUCUUUCCGCACUUCGUGAAGUGGCUUCGAUUGACCCUGCGAGAAAAUGCCUUUCACGACGCGGGGAUAGAGCUCAAGGGGUAAAGAUGCUGCGUCAUUGUCGCUUUGGCACAACACACGACUACUCCCCGAGAUGAGUUAAUUAUCGAGUUCUAUGAAUCUGGAGCCACGAGAUCAUACCCUCCCUCCCCUUUCCAGACAGAACACUUUAUCAACUGCGUCUGUUUUAUCCCUGGGGAUGUCGAUUAGGACUUGAAAACCGCUCUUCGCUGUACAAAGCGCCCCUGCAAACCACUGCGGGGCGCUGGCUGGGGUUCCCUGGAAGCUUUGUGGCUCUAUUGAGCGGUGUGCGCCGGAGCAUAUGCGAUGCCCGUGUUGAAUGCCCAAGAGAAGACAUGAUCAGCCAACUUCGCACCGGGCGACAGCCACCAUUUCGUCCGGGUAAUCCUAAGGACCGAUGGUGUGAUGUUGCUGGAGGUUGGGGACUCUGUUCUUCUGCAUGUCACUGCUGCAAACGGAGGGGACAACGAUCCAGGGUGAUGCUGGGGGAAUACCCCAGCAUUCGGAUCUAACCAAUCUCAAUCACUCCGAUCCAGCUCUGGCAUAGACGAUGCUAGUGUGAAAACCCUGCGAUCCCUGGCAACAAGGGCAAGGUUUCUAACCAAAGGGUACGGAGUUUUCUUGGUGCAACACUGUGGAUGACUGGUGGACUAUUGUCAAUGUAUGAAGCAGGGCAAUGUACACAAAGGUCUCCCUGAAGCAAUGGCCAGAGCGAGGGAGGUAAGAUCUUACAGGUCGGUUGGUAAGAUUCCCCCAGGAAUUCGAUCGUUCCCGACAAGAGCAGGGAUCAUGCAAUUUGACGAUCUCGAAGUCCAACCCUCUACUCCACAGUGUCCCAGAACGUUAUCAGUCAGAGAUGAGCAAGUCCAGAUUAAGUCGGUCCUGCAACUUCACCGCAUUUCCACAUGUUAUUAACAAGCUUUGCUCAUGAACUUACCAGUUCCCAAGGCAACUCAGGAUACUUCGUCGCGACUGGCGCUGGGAGUCCGAUGAACACUUCAGAAUGCUAGACUUGUUCUGCUGUGCGACUUGAUGGCAGGUGAUCAUCAUCUUUGCGGCAGUGACUGCAACGUGUUCAGCUCUGAGCCAAGCCUGCCAGUUGAUCAGGCCUCUUGCAACAUUACAUGCUGAACGCAGACGGAUCUUGCGUGUCGAAGAGUACACUGGAAACGAUCUCUCGAGAAGAGGUUCCUGAAAUCGACAGACCGCUUGUUCGGGCAUUCAGGCUCACUGGAUGUGUUGUACAGACCUGGUUUGGAACCCGACUAGGCCGGCAUGCCCUCCUGCUGUACCGCGUUCAGAACGGCACGGCAGGCUCACCAUGAGACCGUCACACUGCGCACCCGUUCCCGAGAAAAAGGCACCAGAUGGAUGGUUUGUGUAGCUUUUCACGCCGAGGUCAACAACAAACAGAAGCAUGGUCCAGAUUAGCGGCAUCUCAGUGUUUCAUGUCCCGAAACCCAUCUUGUUCGAAUUGGUGCUUCCAAUACAAGGUAACACCGCGAAGGUGAAGCUCUCUCGUUCAAUUCAUACGCCCGUUAUGCUGGAGAGCGCGCCGGCUGACAAGGCCGCGUUCUCCGAUGCGUGGAUCGAAUCAGGCAACCCAGGCGAAGGGGCGAUUGUGUGUCUGAAACUCUGACUCGCCCAGCUCGCAGAGUCUCUUUACUAGGACUGAGGGAGGCCCUAUCGCCUGCAUCUCGCCUGCCUCUCGCCCGCCCUCUCGCCCAUUAUUAGGGCUUAUUCCGCAAUUACUAACUAGCCUCGAGGGCUAAGCUUUCGUUGCUCCGCUUCACCAAUUCUCCCUCCUGAACGAUUGGACUUACCCCUCCUGGAUCAUGUCGCGAUGGAUGGUUGACUCUGGAGCGGGGCAGUGUUGAAUGCUCCCAGCUUGUGCUUCGCGCCUCUAGCCACGAAUGGUAUCGGUUUUCUUGCUGCCUGUGCGCUUCUCUUCAGCUGGAUAUCCAGAAUUGGAUAGAUAUAUACCUAUAUAACAUCAGAUGUCUCAAAUUCAAGGGAACAGAACCCGCUGCAACACAACAAGGAGAUCAUUCCAGGUCCUCCUCACCCUUAUCGUCACUGCAAAGCAACAUUUAUUAUUCGAAGUGUGGAGUGAGCCCCGCUGUCGUUGCAGGCUUUUGCAAUUAUGCCUAUCAUUAGCAGGCUCGUCAAAGGUAUCGGCGCAGGCAUUGGAGCGGCAUCGGAGGCCAUCGCCGACCACAAGGAAAAGAAGGCUGCCAGAGAGCGCGCGGUUUCCCCUAAUCCUCUAGGCGAAGGCGAGACGGGUGAAAGCUCAAGGUCUAGAGUUGAACCUGGCGCCCACACCAGUCAGUCAGAAGACAAGAAGUCUCACGCACACGACGACAACGACAACGACGAUUCCUCGAGCGUGAGCAGUUCAGACUUGGACAAUGACACGGCGGAAUGGGCACUGGAUGAGGCGGCCGAGGAGCUUGAACAACCACCUCCUACGUAUGAGCAAGCGGCUGCAACGAGCCCUGCAUCAGACGAAGAGGUUGCAAGGGCCUUUCUGCACCAACACAAGGUCGCCCCGAUUCCCUCUGAGACAUUCAAACCGCUCCCAUGUCCAGUGAUUCUCCCCCAACGUCGACCGAAGGACAAAACCCGAGGAUUCGUUCGAGCCUAUGCCCCUCUACUGGGCGAGUGUGCUGGCAUAGAUCAAAAGACCUUCAUUGAUUUCAUCAACGACCUGGAUAGAGCCUCGAAAGCCAGCCCUGUCUUUGACGUGAUCAAUCUGGCGUGCUUCGCCGUGGGCCUGGUGCCUAAUCCGAUCACCAUGGCCGUCAGCAUUGCGAUCCAAGUCGCCAGCGGCACGGGCAAAGAGCUCCAGUCCCGCUACCGCCGCAACACCUACCUCGAUCAAAUCAACGAGUCGCUCUUUAAACCGCGCGGUCUGUACUGCAUGAUCAUGACCUUCAAGCCCGACAACCCGCACGAUCCAAUCCUCGGCAUGGACCUGACGAACUUGGGCCUCAGCUCAACCGACCAGGCCCUUGUCAAGGCCACCUCAAUCCCCGACUCGGAGCUGAAACAAAAGCUCGCCAAGAUUCGUCUCACCUCCGGCGUCAGUCGGGGCGAGCUCUCACUCCCCGAAUCCGCACCGCUCGUCUACCCGGCGCUCGAUGCCGCCGCCCAGGCAGCGCUCGACAGCGCAGGAGGGACCUCGGGCGCCGCGCAAAGCGCUCUCCCACAGAGCACAAAGGACAAGCUGCAUUCCUCGUCCGGGUUUCUCGCGAGCUAUCUCGACCGCCGGGCCCAGGCGUCCUACGCGGGCAUGCACCCGGACAGCAGACUGGUGAUGCCUCCGCCGGAGAAGAAAUUUGCCUCGAGGUUCUCCGACCCCAACCACCCGGCCAACUCCGGCACCAUCCUCGGCCUGCUGACCGGCGGGCACUUCGACCCGAAGGCCAAAAGGCGGGGUCGCAAAGCCCAGCGGCACGCGCGGUGGAGAGGCUACGAGCUGAGCGAGGCGGACGUGCGCAACGCGGAGAUGGGAAGGCUGCCGAGGAGACAUCAGGGGCUGAUCCGCCGUGUCUUGCACAAGAACAUCCUGUAUCUGACCGUCGUCAGCUUGCCCAGUGAGAGUGAGAUCCGGGAGAACAUGCUGGCGCUCGAGAAAGCAAACAAGUGAUGCCCGGGACGGAAUGGAGGCACCGGCUUGGAAGAGUAGAGUCGAGCCUUGAUAAGUCAGGAGGAGGAGGAAGG